AUGAGUUCAGCAUCAACAUCAGAAGAGAAUGAUGAUUCAUUCCACAACAGCAACAACAAUACGAGUACCACAACAACAGCCUCAUCAUCGACUCAUGUUUUUUCUACACCUACCAUUCAAUUUGAAACCAAUUUAUUUGGAAAUAAUAGGGUACCUUCGGAAAUUGCCUCCGUCCGAAGAACGUGCUGCUCCUUUAAUGAAACAAUUUUAGGGUUCGGAAGUGACCAGGGAAAUAUUUAUCUUCAUGAUCGAUUUAAUCUUGAAUUGAAAUUAACAAUUUCUUAUUCUGAAAUUUCACAAAAACGACCCAACACAGCCGUAUCCAUUACAAAGCUAGCACUCACUCCAAAUCUCAUUCCUACCACCGUGGGUGGAGACCAAACAACAAAACGAAAAUUAUUUAUUGGAGCUGUAGAUUCCACUAUGAUGGUGUACAUAUUGGAAGUGGAUUUACAUGCUCAACAAAUUCCAAAUACUGAUAUGGUUGUUUUCAUUCCCAAAGCUUCACGACUACUGAAUACUCACAAUCAACACAAAUCAGAAAUUACAUCCAUGGUUUGGUCCAAUGACUUCAGUAGAAUUUUCACAGGAGAUGCAUCGGGUCUGGUUUUAGAAUUUAAAAAUCAGAAAAAAUCUCUGCUCUCGAUCGGAAAUACUUCACAAGUGUUAAAAGAGGAAGGGGCAUCCAUUGUUCAAUUGGCUUGCUUUGGAGACCAUUUGUUGGUUUCUUCAACGAAAAGGUCCAUCGAUGUCAAUCUCUCUGCACAACAAUAUAAGGGAAUUGGUACAAAACCAAGAGAUGGCCAAUUCGGAGCUUGUUUUCAGUAUGCUCCAAAAAAGAAGGACGAAAACAGUGCAUCUACAAGUGCCGCACAAGAUCAAUUUAUUCAAUAUGCAUACUCUGCUCGACCUGGUCGUCGUAUUUGGUGCUCGGACAUUACCACAUGUAAAGUGUUGUCAACGCUCAAAUUUACCUCUGUUUCACAGCUCAAAGAUUUGAAGUUUACCUAUUUGUUACCCAUUGGUCCUUUCUUGGCCUCCUAUAACGAGGAAUCCAUUGCAAUUUUGGACAUUAUUAAGCUUAAAAUUUUGGAUGUUCGGCACAAUAUUGGAGCCAUCAAAUCAGCAUUCUGCUUUGGAUUUACUCUCUUCCUCAUUCAUCAAGUCAACAAUGAUAUUCCUAUUGUGAGUCGAAUGGAUAUUGAGCUAGCAGAAAGCGAAAAGGUAUUUUUCAUUAACCAAACAAGGCCUCGUCCAAAACCAAUGACCACUGGUGUUGCAAAUCCUCAAUCGCCUCAAAAGAAAGAAGAAGUACCUUCUUCAUCCUCGCCACUUCCAUUAUUGGUGGGUCUUUUGAAAAAAGGAGAAUCUGGUGCUAUUGCAGCAUCGCCACCUGUGAAUGUUAUGCCAAAUCCAUCUCAGCCACAAGCAAUUCCAUCCAAGACAUCAACAACAACUCAAUUGUCCUCUUCACCUGCUACACCUUCUUCAUUUCUUAGCGGUAGAUCUCCACAUUCUUCCUUACUUUCAGAUUCGUCCUCAACCACAAGUACAUCAUCUCCAAAGGAGGGCAAACUUCUAGAUUUUGAUGACCUCAAAACUGCAAAUGCAUCUCAAUCACAAGCGAUUCCAAACCAACCAACAAAGACUUCGUCGUUUAGUUUUUCUCUUCCAGGAACUGCCAACUUGAAAGAUAAAUUUGCAGAUUUAACAAGUGAAAUGAUGAAAAACGCAGCCAGAAUUUUACCAAGACAAGACUCCAAUAAGGAAAUCAAUACUUCUUCCCAACAACAACAAACAACUAAAACCUCCCUUCCACCAUCGUCGACCAAUGAUGAAAAUAAGGAUUUGCCAAGCUCAUCUGUCACGAGUACUCCAAAAUUAAUUUCCGGCACUGCUCCACCAACAGCUACAACCAUCAUUGCCAACACUUCACAAACAACAAGCCAUCAAGCUGAAAGAGAUUGGUUAGCACCCAUAUUGGUUCAACCAAAAAAAGUUAAAAAGAAGAAAAAAAAGCCAGAGAGACUGAUCAGUUUCGAUGAAUCAUCUGAAGCAAGCACUACAACAUUAUUGGUCGACAAUGUUCCAAAGAAAAGAACAACUAAAAAACGAUCCAAGUCCAAAGAUUUUGACCAGCUGUCACAAGUGUCGGACGAGCUUUCUUCAAUCGAUAAAUCUGGCUCAUUUGGAAGCGAUGACGAAGAGGGAGAAGGUACAGAAGAUACCAUGACAAGUGCAUCAAGCUUUGUAGAGCCAUCACCGGUUGCAGAGAUGCUACUAGAAAAAAACAGUUCAGAAUCUUCCUCAACUCAACAUGCUAUGGAUAACAAGGAAACAACAAGUGACAUUGGCAAUGAAAGCAUUGACAUUUCUGAGCAAAAUAAUUCGAAAUAUAUUGUGGAAGAGGGUACGAGCAUUCAAACUUCUGAAAAUAAGUCGCAAUCUUCCACAGAACAAGGUCCAGUAGAACCCAAUUUGGAGGGUGAGCCUGAAUCAACAGAAAAUAACUCUAUCAAUGAGAAAACAGCAGUGAUUCCUAGUACGGAAGCGAGUACUGUGGAAACUGAUGCCACCACUGGCAGUGUUGUAACACAAGAAUCUUCCAGUGAAAACACACCUUCUCUAGAAGACGGCCAUGUACAAAACAAUGAAGCCCAGCCCAUAACGGAGACCUCAUCUCAUGAAGAUCUGGAUACUUCUCUAGCAACAAAUUCGAACGCUGUUUCGCAAGAUAUAAUUAAUCAUGAUGAAGAAAACAAUAAGCCAAUGAAAACAGUUCAUCCUGAGGAAACCAAAAUGGUGCAAGACAACUCUAUUAGCCCAACGGAGAAUACUCCAAUCACAGAACCAGUGCAAACAAGUGACAUGGAACAAGAAGCUGAAUUACAAAAGAAAUUGGACGAAGAACUCGAAUUACAAAGACAGUUGGAGUUACAAAAGCAGCAAGAAAUUGAACAACAAUUAGAAUUGGAAAGAGAAAAUCAACGAAAAUUAGAAUUGGAAAGAGAAAAUCAAAGAAAAUUAGAACUUGAACAGCAACGUCAAAUUGAAAAUCAAAAACAAAAAGAAUUAGAACAACGUUUGGAAUUGGAAAGAAUUCAUAAAGAACAAGAGCAACAACGAAAAAAAGAAGAGGAAGAAGCCAAACGUAAAGAGCAAGAAAGGAUUGCCAAUGAGCUCAAACAAAAACGAGUACUUGCUAUUGAAGAAAAAAGAACGUACUUUUAUGAGAACAUUGUGAAUCCCACUGAUCAUUUAUUCGAACAGCUUUCUGAAUAUCUUUCUAAUGGAGAUGGCGUGUGGUGUCCCGAAUUUUUGACAUCAUUGACUUUAUGGUUUGACAAUUUUGUCAAAUUCAUUGAAAAAGAAAAACACGAAAAACACGACUAUUGUAUUAUUUCUGAGCUUGUCACGAAGGAACUUGAUGUGAAUCAACAACUUCAACUUUCCAAGCUCAUCAAUUUUAGAUUUGAAACUCUUUUUAAUUCCAAGAACACCUUAAAUGUGGAUGACAUUAACCAUCUCCUCUCAGCACUCCAUGAAUUUUUGGACAUGCCACAAUGUUGUAUUCUUUGUAAUAACCACAAACUUGUAGAGUGUGUGAAUACCAUUCUCAAAAUUGAAGAAGAACAUGGCUAUCUUUUGGAAGAACGAAACAAAAUUACUCGCUUAUUGGAACAAUACAAAACCAAGAAUAGUACAGAAGCUCGUGAUCAAAUUUUUUCAGAAAUUGAAUCAUUGAAAAACGAUUUACCUUCCAUACCUUUGAGAUUUUGUUCACAAUUGACACUCAUUCAUACAGGUGGUAUUGAAUUUUGUGCAUCCAUGUUCCCAUCCAUUCAGGUCUGGAACGUACAACAAGCCAUGGGACUUUUGACCAACAGUAGUGAGCGCUCAUCUUCCAUUAUGCCAAGUCACACUGAAGUAUGCAUACUGACCCAUGAAAAAUAUCUCCACUAUUUGACACUUGUUUAUCAAUUGAAUCAUGCAAGUCAUAUUAAUCAAGAAUUUAUGGAACACUUUUUAUCAGAAUUAGUUUCGAACUAUGACAAGGAAGAAUCUGAACCAAUUAUGAAAACGAUCAUUGAGGAAACACUCAAUAAGCAAAAUUGCUUUUCCGAUUGUUCAACCAUUGAGCGUACUCUGAGAAAGAAUAUGCAAUGCUGUAAAUCAUGUCUCUUUUACCUGUAUGAAAAAUUAGACAAGAUUGAAGAUCUAAUUUCCAUGUUAGUAUCAGAUUCAUCCCACAACAUGGAAGAAUUAAUCUCAUUUAUGGAAAAUAGAGCAGAGAAUACUCACAAUUGGAUUUGUCUAUUGAAAAGUAUCGACCAUGUCAAGGAUGAGAAACUAAUUUGUACCAAAGAGCAAGCCAUCUUUUUAAUGUGCAAAUGUUUGGGAUCCAUGCAAGCACUCAAUAUUCUUCAAGACUUACUCACAGAGUCAUCGUCAUGCAUGCAAGAUGUCGAUCCCAUUGUCUAUUCCAAAAUAUGUGAGUUGGCCAAAGCUGAAACUGAACAAAGCAAGUUGAGACAUAACAUGAUUGAGAUUGUUGACAGUUAUAUGUGGUCUGAGAAAGAGGAAUGUAUUUCUCCUCAGGUGCGAUCAUUGUUUGCCUUCCAAUCCGAUGCUCCAAGCUCACUUUUCAGUCCUCUGGCUCCAUCUGAAGAGUCGUUUCCUUACGUGCAGUCGUUCUUCAAGUUGGCACCCAAUCAAACCAAUAAUUUUCAUUCUGUUCUGCCGAGAUUUGCUGAGGAUUGUGGCUAUCACUGGGGAGCUCAAAUUAAGGUUGGCAAAACAUCGAGGUGCUUCUCAUGCCGGCUACCAUUAAGCGAACGAGUGGGUAGUGAUGUUUUGGUGUUUUCGUGUGGUCAUUGUUGUCAUAGAACUUGUAAUUCGUUGGAGGUUUGUUCGAUUUGUAAGCAAAGCUCUGAAUUGAUUAGCAAGAAAUAA